AUGCAAGAGAUCUUCAGAAAGAAGCUGACACACACCGAUGUAAAUUACAGAUUCUCAAUUCCAACUGGAAAGCUCGAAUAUUUCGAAAUUCCAGCUGGGGAGUUUUCCAGAGAUGUUAAUGUCACUGACUUGAAUAACGAAGAUCAUCGCACUCGCAUGAAGACCUUCAAAUGUUCCAAGCGUGAAAACGGUUAUGAUAAGCCCGUUCUCCCUGCAGGUUGGACUAAAUUUGUCAGAGAAAAAGGUCUCAGAAUUGGUGACCAGGUCAUCUUUUCUACGCAGGAAGCUGGGGCUGGCAGCUAUGCUUUAUGUAUUCGGGCACAGAAGCUGACCUCGAAGUUGUUUGGUCAAGCCAUAUAUCUAGAUGUCUGA